GUCCCUUCCCUUUGUCAUUCUCAAACUCUUCAGUUUUUCCUUUAACAAAAGUCAAACUCUACAACUUUUCAAUCUUCUCUUGAUCAAUCUGAUCUUUUUAAAGGAUGGCUGAGCUAAUUCCAUAUGGUCUUGCUGAAAGCCUCAUUAAAAGGUUGGCAUCUGCGGCCUUUCGUGAGUUUGGAGGAAUCUAUGGUGUUAUGAAUGAGUUGGAAAGGCUUAAGAAUACAGUUGAGUCUAUCAGAAAUGUACUCCUUGAUGCUGAGGACAAACAAGAACAAAACCAUGCUGUAAAAAACUGGAUUAGAAGACUCAAAGAUGUGCUGAAUUUUGCUGACAACUUGCUAGAUGAAUUUGUUAUUGAAGAUUUGAGACACAAAUCGGAUGUACGUCAGAAGAAGAAAGUGACUAAGGUAUUUUAUUCCUUAUCACCAAACCGAAUUGCUUUCCGCUAUAAGAUGGCUCAUGAAAUUGAAAAAAUUCGAAAAAUAUUUAACGAUGUAGUGGACGAAAUGUCCAAGUUGAAUUUAAGCCAAAAUGUAAUGGUGGUUAUGCAAACUGAUAUCAUCGGAAGAGAAAAUAACAAAAAAGAGAUUAUAAGUUUAUUGAGGCAGCAUCAUAGAGACCACAACGUCUCCUUGAUAGCUAUUGUUGGUAUUGGUGGUUUAGGCAAGACAGCUCUUGCUCAGUUGGUAUACAAUGAUAAGGAAGUAGAAAACAUUUUCGAAAAGAAGAUAUGGGUGUGUGUCUCUAAAAACUUUGAUGUCAAAACUAUUUUGAAGAAAAUAUUGGAGUCAUUAUUAAAUGGGAAAGUUGACGAAAACUUAUCAUUGGACAACUUGCAAAAUAACCUCCGUCAAAAUUUAUCAGAAAGAAAAUACUUGUUAGUCCUAGAUGACAUUUGGAAUGAGAGUCACCAAAAAUGGAUCGAGUUGAGGACUUACUUGAUGUGUGGUGCUAAAGACAGCAAGAUUUUAGUGACGACUCGUAGUAAAACUGUGGCACAGACAAUGGGUGUAUGCGACCCUUAUGUUUUGAAUGGUUUGACUCCAGAAGAAUCAUGGAGUUUGUUAAAGAACAUCAUUACAUAUGGGAAUGAGGCCCAAGCAGUGAACGAAACUCUUGAAUCAAUUGGUAUGGAGAUAGCAGAAAAGUGCAGUGGGGUUCCACUAGCUAUUAGAACAUUAGGAGGCCUAUUGCAAGGUAAGAGUAAACAAAGUGAAUGGAACAAUGUCUUACAAGGUGACUUUUGGAGAUUAUGCCAAGACGAAAAUAGCAUCGUGCCGGUUCUGAAACUGAGUUACCAAAACUUGUCACCUCAACAGAGACAAUGUUUUGCAUAUUGCUCUAUAUAUCCUAAGGAUUGGGAAAUAGAGAAGGAUGAGUUGAUUCAACUAUGCAUUGCACAAGGUUAUCUUGAUUGCUCGCCUGAAGUUGAGCUCAAUGAAGAUAUUGGUAACCAAUUCGUGAAAAUUUUCUUGACAAAGUCAUUUUUUCAAGAUGCGAAAAUGGAUGAAGAUGGUGAUAUAUAUAGUUUCAAAAUGCAUGAUUUAAUUCAUGAUCUAGCAAUGCAAGUAGCAGGAAUAGAUUGCUGUUCCUUGGAUGGCGAUGCAAAUAAACUAGUAGGAAGGCCGAUGCAUGUAUCGUUUCAACGUAAUGCCAUUGGUUUGUUGGACUCGUUGGAUGCAAUCAAGCUGAGAACUUUGGUUCUAUUGUCCUCGUCUCCCGGGUGGACAGGAUUGAACGGGGAGGAAUCGUCAGUUAUUUCAAAUUUCAAAUACUUGUGUGUCUUGAAACUGUCAGAUUCUUCUUUAUCCAAGCUAUCUGGUUCAAUUGGAAAAUUAAAGCAUUUAAGAUGCCUUAACUUAUAUGAUUGCAAGGUUUCAAUAGAUUUUUUCAAAUCCAUAAGCAAACUUGUUUGCCUACAAACAUUGAAAUUGCGAGUGCGUGAAAUCACUCCAUGGGAAUUUAAUGUGUGGCGGUAUGAUGGUAUUAUCUAUUCAAACUGGCUUUCUUCACUGACAAAUAUUGUUGAAAUUUCUCUCACUUGCUGUGAGGGUUUGGAGUUUCUCCCUCCUUUGGAGCGUCUCCCAUUCCUUAAAUCUCUUUAUAUAAGUUUUCUUCGUGUGCUGAAAUACAUACAUUAUGAAGAGCCUAUUUUGUCUGAAAUUUUUUUCCCAUCUUUGGAAAGCCUCAGGUUGGAGGAUUGCUCAUACUUGAUGGGAUGGUGUAGGACAGGAGAUGGUAUUGACUCUUCACAAUCACAUCAUAGAUCCUUUCCACCCUUUCCUCUUCUAUCUCAGUUAUCAAUCGAAGGAUGUCAGAGGUUGACUUGCAUGCCCACUUUUCCAAAUAGGCUCUUCAUAAUCCCUGUGUAUUGAAUGCAACACUAAACAAUCAGAGUCUCUCAUUUCCUCCUCUUUCCAUGCUCAAAUCCCUGUGUAUUGGUGGGCACAAACUUGCUGUCUAUAACAUCUCAGAAAAUUGGAUGCAAAAUCUUCCUUCUCUCCAACAUCUUCAAAUUGAACUUUUUUCAAGUCAACAAGUUCAUGAAAUUGCAAUUUGGUUUAAUAACAACUUCAACUGUCUCCCUUCUCUACAAAAAAUUACCUUACAAUAUUGUGAUGACCUAAAGGCAUUGCCUGACUGGAUGUGUAGCAUCUCAUCACUUCAACAUGUGACCAUAAGGUAUUCCCCACAUUUAGCAUCGGUGCCUGAAGGAAUGCCUCGCCUUGCUAAAUUAAAGACCCUAGAAAUCAUUGGAUGUCCCCUGUUAGUUAAAGAGUGUGAGGCGCAAACAAAUGCUACUUGGCCCAAAGUUGCUCACAUCCCAAACAUAAUCUUAAGGGAUGUCAUUUAGAAAGUGAUUUGUAAGAAUAGAUAAGAAACACUUGAUUUUAUAGAAGAAAUGAAAAAUGGAUAGGUUUGCUUGUGCUAAACAAAUACCUGCUGUAGCUGUGUGAAGAUAGUGCAGAGUGUAAUAUUACUUUCAUAUACACCUUUUUGGCAGGUAAAUAUCAUGGACUAAGGAUUUGUUUCUGCCCUCUUUUAUGGUCACCAAAGAUGGUAAAUUUUAAAUUUUCUGAUAGUUUGUUGGUGUGUUUUUUCGUAUUGUUAAUGCUAUUUUUAUACUUGGAACAUAAGAGUCUGGUUGAUUUUAUCUUAAGUAAAGAUUUCCAUAGUGGUCUUUAUUUUUGUAGGCUAAUAGAACUAUUUGGCUUUGUCCCUAUGAGCUUAGCUUAGUUAGUAGGGACAAUGCAUAAUAUAUGCAGGGGCCGGGGUUCGAACCCUGGACACCCCACUUCUCCGCAUUAAAAUGUGUGAGCUCUAGCCACUAGGCUACUUGAACAAAAAAAAAAAAAAAAACUAUUUGGCUUUUUUCAUAUUUGUGAUUUUAUCCUUUGGUGUUUGUUUUUCAUGUCUAGCAUGAAAGAGGUGUUGUCAUAUCUACUUUAUACUACAAUAAUUUCCUAUUUUGAAUCAUGUGCCUAAUCAAUUUGUAAAAGUAGUAACUAGUGAGAUUUGAUUCUCAAUCAGUUUGAAUUCAUGAUCAGAUUUGAUACUAACAUAUUGCUCAAGCAUGAGUAUAUAACUAAAAGACUCAAUCAGGUUUCAAUUCACUAUUUACAGUUAAAUAUGUAUAUGAAGCCAGAGCAAAAGGUAAUCUUGGACAGAAGAAAACUAUUUAAUAUUGAAACACAAAACUGUAACCAAUGUGUUAUGAAAUUAACAAGUGGUUUAGGUUUCCAUAUUACAAAAUUAAUGAUCUCUAUGCAAUGAAUUUCUUGCUUAAGACCAAUAUUGGAGCCUAAGCAUAGAUUUAUCUUGUUUCCAUAUGGUUCUUCAUAAAGAACAACGUCUUUGGAGCCUAACCUUAUAGAUAGUUCCAGCUAGUUUAAUUCAAUAGUUUUGUUGUAGUUAUGCUUCUUUGUUAAUGUUGACAAAAUUUGUUUCCUUGUUUGCGAAUGCCAACAAAGAGUUUGUUUCGUAGUGAA